AUGAAGCUCCUGUCUUCGUUGGCCCUGGCUGCCUUGGCGGCACAGGUCUCAGGUGCUGCUAUCAGCCACAAGCUUGACGGCUUCACUCUUCGCGAGCAUGCUGAUGCUUCAAAGCGGGAGUUGCUUCAAAAAUAUGUGACUUGGGACAAGCACUCAAUUUUCAUCAAUGGUGAGCGAUUGAUGAUGUUCAGUGGUGAAGUUCACCCCUACCGGUUGCCCGUUGCCUCAUUGUACAUCGAUGUCUUUGAGAAAAUCAAGGCAUUGGGAUUCAACUGCGUGUCUUUCUACGUCGACUGGGCCUUGUUGGAAGGCAAGCCCGGCCACUACACAGCUGAGGGCAUCUUUGACUUGCAGCCCUUUUUUGAUGCGGCAAAAGAGGCUGGAAUCUACUUGCUAGCCCGUCCCGGUCCUUACAUCAACGCCGAAGUUUCCGGCGGUGGUUUCCCUGGAUGGCUACAAAGGGUAAAUGGCACACUGCGAACAAGCAUUGGAGACUACCUCAAAUCGACAGACAACUACGCCUCGCACAUCGCGAAGACCAUUGCAAAGGCGCAGAUCACCAACGGUGGACCGAUCAUUCUGUACCAGCCCGAAAAUGAGUACUCUGGAGCUUGCUGUGGCUAUGAAGAUUUCCCCGACGGCUCUUACAUGCAAUACAUCGAAGAUCAUGCUCGUGAUGCAGGAAUCGUGGUUCCCUUCAUCAGCAAUGAUGCCUAUGCUGGCGGUCACAACGCACCCGGUACCGGUAAGGGUGCAGUCGACAUCUAUGGCCAUGAUGGCUACCCUCUUGGAUUCGACUGUGCCAAUCCUUCUGUUUGGCCGGAUGGCAAUCUGCCCACCAAUUACCACACCUUGCACGAAGAACAAAGCCCUACCACGCCCUUCUCUAUCGUUGAGUUCCAAGGUGGAGCUUUCGACCCCUGGGGUGGGGUAGGCUUCGCAAAGUGCGCACAUUUGCUGAAUCACGAGUUCGAGAGAGUGUUCUACAAGAACGACUUUAGCUUUGGCGUCACAUUCUUCAACUUGUACAUGAUCUUCGGCGGUACGAAUUGGGGUAAUCUGGGUCACCCUGGUGGUUACACAUCGUACGACUAUGGCUCUGCCAUAUCUGAAUCGCGUAACGUCACCAGAGAGAAGUAUUCCGAGCUUAAACUACUGGGCAACUUCGCCAAGGUUUCCCCUGGCUAUGUUGUGGCCAACCCUGGAAAUUUGACUACUUCGAAAUACACCAAGACUGCGGACCUGACUGUGACUCCUCUGCUCGGAGAAAGCAGUUCUGCCGGCUCGUUCUUCGUCAUCCGUCAUUCUAACUACAACAGCCAAGCCUCGGUGAAGUAUCAACUCACUCUUCCAACGAGCGCGGGUGAGCUCACUAUUCCCCAACUCGGUGGUGAACUCACAUUGAGUGGCCGGGACUCAAAGAUUCAUGUGACCGACUAUGAUGUGGCUGGUAGCAACAUUCUCUACUCUACUGCCGAGGUGUUCACAUGGAAGAAGUUCGAUAAUGGAAAGGUCCUCAUUCUGUAUGGUGGACCUGGCGAGCAUCAUGAGUUUGCUGUCACCGGUGCCUCUGCCAGCUCUGUCAUUGAGGGAUCCUCCUCGGGCAUCACUUCAAAGAAGAUUGGCGAUGCCCUUGUCGUCGCUUGGGAUGUUUCGAGUAAGCGCCGAAUUAUUAAGAUCGGAGACCUGAAAGUCUUCCUUCUCGACCGUAACUCUGCCUACAACUACUGGGUGCCUCACCUGCCAACCAAGGGCAAGGCACCUGGCUACGUCAGCAAGAAGACAAUCGAUUCUUCAAUCAUUGUGAAGGCCGGCUAUCUGGUUCGCAGUGCAUUCCUGAGUGGAAAGGAUUUGCACAUUCAGGCGGACUUCAACGCCACCACUCCCAUUGAGAUCAUUGGCGCCCCAUCCUCUGCCAAAAAUCUUAUCAUCAACGGCAAGAAGACAAAGACUAACGUCGACGACAAUGGCAUUUGGUCGGCCAGUGUGUCCUACUCCACACCUGAGAUCCAUCUUCCCAGCCUGAAGGAUCUGAAGUGGCAAUCCAUCGAUACUCUUCCUGAAGUCAAGAACUCGUACGAUGACUCUGCGUGGACGUCUGCUGACCAGCCUCACACCCUCAACACCGCCCACGAGCUUCAGACCCCAACUACUCUCUUCUCGUCCGACUAUGGAUACCACACAGGUACUCUCCUCUACCGCGGUCACUUCGUUGCCAAUGGCAAAGAAUCCACAUUCUUCAUUCAGACUCAGGGUGGUUCCGCUUAUGGCCACUCUGUCUGGGUCAAUGAGACAUACGUUGGCUCCUGGGAGGGAAGUGGUUCUAACGACAAUUACAACGCUACGUAUACGCUCCCCUCCCUGGCCACAGGCAAAAAGUACGUGAUCACGGUGGUCAUUGACAACAUGGGUCUGGACGAGAACUGGGUCAUCGGUCAAGAGGGCAUGAAGAACCCUCGUGGUAUCAUCCGCUACAACCUGGCUGGACACGACGCCAGCGCCAUCUCUUGGAAGCUGACCGGCAACCUUGGAGGUGAGGACUACCGCGACACAGUCCGCGGACCUCUCAAUGAGGGAGGUCUUUACGCCGAACGUCAAGGUUUCCACCAGCCCAAGCCAUCCACCAAGAAUUGGGAUUCCAGCAGUCCAUUCACCGGUCUCACCAAGCCCGGCAUUCGCUUCUACAGUGCCAGCUUUGACCUUGAUCUUCCAUCAGGCUACGACAUCCCGCUGUACUUUAACUUUGGCAACAGCACUGCCCCUCCGGACGCUUACCGUGUGCAGCUGUUCGUCAACGGGUACCAGUACGGAAAAUACGUCAACAACGUCGGACCCCAGACGAGCUUCCCUGUUCCCGAGGGUAUUCUGAACUACCAUGGUACCAACUGGAUUGCGUUGAGUUUGUGGGCUCAACAGGAAAGCGGUGCCAAGUUGAAUAGCUUUGAGCUGAUCAACACCACUCCCGUGCUUACAUCCUUGGACAAGGUCAAGUCUGUUGACCAGCCAAAGUACAAGUCUCGAAAGGGGGCGUACUAG